AUGGUGACAAUGCAGCACACAACUAAUUCUCCCCAGCAGUUUUGCCUCCGUUGGAACAACUACCAAUCUAAUUUGACCAACGUCUUCGAUCAGCUUCUUCAGAGUGAGUCUUUUGUAGAUGUUACAUUAGCAUGCGACGGUCACUCCGUAAAAGCUCACAAGAUGGUCCUAUCGGCCUGCAGCCCAUAUUUCCAAUCGCUGUUCUUCGAAAAUCCAUGUCAGCACCCCAUAGUUAUAAUGAGGGACAUCAAGUGGCCAGAAUUAAAAGCUGCCGUCGAAUUUAUGUACAAGGGUGAAAUUAAUGUUUCGCAAGAGCAAAUUGGUCCACUACUAAAAGUUGCCGAAUCUUUAAAGAUUCGUGGCUUAGCCGAUGUUAAUGGCGAACAAGACGUGGUAGCACCUACAGGUGAGCUGACCACUAGGCCUUCCCUGAUCAAACCAAUAUCUACACCGAAUAUCAACAGAUCAUCACUUGACUGGGAUAACAGACCCCAAGACAUGGAAAGCGAGGCUUCAAGAGCAAAGAAGAGACGCAGACCCUCUGGUGAAAGAAGCAGCCUGAGUAGCCCAGCUGAAAGUGCGAGCACGGAGGUGCCAGACCCUCCGCCAUCUGUGGAGAUGUCUCCGGCUCCUUCGUCCGCGACGCCCUUACCGACGCCUUCAGCGUCAUCCGCCGUAGCCGCCGAACCUUUGCAACUAACUUUGCCGCUUCCACCACAACCUCCACCUUCAGCUGUUGAUGACAUGGAGAUCAAGCCUGGUAUAGCCGAGAUGAUACGCGAGGAGGAAAGGGUGAGUACAUGA